AUGAUGCUGUGGUUCACAUUUGGGCACCACUUGCUCUCUCUGGCAGCACUUCUGGUGAUUGUGAGCUGCGGAGGAGGGGAGCAAAGGAGAGGGACGGAUAGCAGUACCAGCAGCACAGGUGGCAGCAGCAGUGGUAGCAGUAGUGGAGGAAGCAAUAGUAAUUACAGCAGCAGACGUUUUCAUAAGAUCCAGCAUGGACAGUGCACCUACACAUUCAUCCUACCUGAGGGAGAUGGGGCCGGAGGAAGCUCCUGCAAGGAGACGAAACCUGGUAACCCGCAGUACAACGCCAACUCGCUCCAGAGAGAUGCUCCGCCACCUGAGCCAGAGUUCCCAAGCCAGAAGAUCCAGCAGCUUGAACACAUUAUGGAGAAUUAUACCCAGUGGCUGCAGAAGAUUGAGAACUACAUCAAAGAGAGCAUGAAGACAGAGAUGGCUCAACUGCAGCAGAGCGCUGUCCACAACCACACAGCGGCCAUGUUGGAAAUGGGCACCAACCUUCUCUCUCAGACGGCUGAACAGACACGAAAGCUGACUGAUGUAGAAACACAGGUUCUGAAUCAGACAUCCAGGCUUGAGAUCCAGCUGUUGGAAAAUUCUCUUUCCACUAACAAGUUGGAGAAAGACUUAAUGGUCCAGACCAAUGAGAUCAGCAAGCUCCAUGACAAGAACAGCCUCCUGGAACAAAAGAUGUUAGAGAUGGAGAUGCGACACCAUGAAGAGCUAGAGACGCUGAAGCAGGAGAAAGGAAGUCUCCAGACACUGGUGGGGAGGCAGAGCGGGGUUAUCAGGGAGCUAGAAACCCAGCUGAGACGCGCCACAGGAAACAGCACAGCCCUGCAGAGACAGCAGCAGGAAAUGAUGGAUACUGUCCACAACCUCCUCAACCUCUGCUCCAAAGAUGGAGUUAUACCGAACAGUACAAAGGCUGCAGAUGAAGAGAAGAAGUUCCGCGACUGUGCUGACCUCUACCAGGCUGGCUUCCACAAGAAUGGAGUCUACACCAUCGAGACCAGUCCUCAGGAGACUAAAAAGGUGUACUGCAACAUGGAAACAGCCGGCGGUGGAUGGACAGUCAUCCAGCGCAGAGAGGACGGCAGUAUCGACUUCCAGAGAACAUGGAAAGAGUACAAGAUGGGUUUUGGGAGCGUGUCUGCUGAGCACUGGUUGGGGAACGAGUAUGUUUACCAGCUGACCAGCCAGAGGCAGUACGCCCUCCGUGUAGAGCUGACAGAUUGGGACGGACACCAGGCUUUCUCCCUGUAUGACCGCUUCCAAAUCGGCAGUGAGAAACACAACUACAGGCUGUUCCUGAAAAGCCACAGUGGGACCGCAGGCAGACAGAGCAGUCUAGUAAUCCAUGGAGCAGAUUUCAGCACCAAGGACAUGGACAAUGACAACUGCAUGUGCAAGUGUGCCCUCAUGCUAACUGGCGGUUGGUGGUUUGAUGCCUGUGGCCCAUCCAACCUUAACGGCAUGUACUUCACUCAAGGACAACAUGUAGGGAAGUUGAACGGUAUCAAGUGGCACUACUUCAAGGGUCCCAGCUACUCACUACGAGCCACAGCCAUGAUGAUCCGUCCACUGGACUUUUCCUAGUCUAUUGAACUCCUGAACCUUUAACUUCAUUCAGGCUAUGCGGCACACUAGAGGGACGCUUUCUACUUUAUCCUCUUGUCUCAUCUCAUUUCGCUGGCCAUGGGAGUCAUCCAAUGAACCUUUUAAUCAACCUGGUUCUUCCCCAGAGCUGUUGCUGUGCACAGAUCGAAAACUGUGGGAUCAACAUGCUACUGUUGCUUCAUAACCUUUCCCCCUCGCUCACUGCACUGAAAUGCAGCCAUGGGGGAAGAAGACAGAGCAUGAUGUGUUUCACUGAGACUGAUUUCUGUUCCAAACCAGAUUCACAAAUUCAAGGACAAAUGAGCUCAGGGGUGUUUCCCACUCCUGGAAUUUGUGCACAUUUUGUCAGCUUGUUUGAAGAUUCAAGCUUUAUGUCAAACACAUUUUUUCAAUUUUUCUGAGGACCUGUGGUCUAAUAAUGUGUAGGACUUGGACUCUUCUGAAUGGGAGCAGCUAUUACAGAGCAGGACUGACUCUUAAACUGCAGGACAGAACUUAU